AUGGCUUGGGUAGUCGGAUCAUACUUCAGGCUAGGUCAAUUGCUAAAUGUUAGACAAUUUUCUUGCUCCAUUUGUAGUAAAACAUUCAACCGAAAAGACUCACUCAAGACCACAUCGUUAACAAACACACAAAGAAGUAUCCAUUUGUUUGCAACAUUUGCUCUAGAGGAUUUACGUCUAAAAUACGAUGGGAAUUUCAUCUUCAACAAUGCUUAUAUCAAAAGAAGUAAAAUUAAUAAAAGUAGUAACAAUUCAAAUGACUAUUGUUCUUAUGAAUUUUCAUCUGAAGUAGAGGCUGAAAAAUGGUCUAGUUUUUACCAUUGUUCCUAUUGCGGAAAGCAAUUUGCUCGUCGGGAUAAUCUGAAAGUCCAUGAAAGAAUACACACAGGACAAAAGUUAUAUAAAUGUACAUUUUGUGACCAUAGUGCCAAUCACCUCUCUAAUUUGAAAGUUCAUAUUAAGCUUAAACAUACCAAAGGAACUAUGAAAGUGUGUUUUAUAUGGCUCAUACAAAUUGAUUCCAUUCUAAAAGCACACUUAGAAUAUCAGGACAAUGGUAUUACAUUUUUCCAUUGCUCAACUUGCGGUAAAAGCUUUAAUCGACGUGAUAAUCUUAAAGUCCAUGAACGAAUUCAUGCUGGACAAAAAUUUUACAAGUGUGACUAUUGUAAUCAUCAAUCAAAUCAACUCUCCAACUUGAAAAAACAUAUAUUUUUGAAACAUACUAAAACAUGUUCUGAAAUUUGUCAUAUUUGCGGCAAAAGUUAUUCUGCUCAAAGUUUGUUGAAAAACCAUAUGUCUAAAGCUCACUCGUUCCAUUGAAAGGCAUUCCUUUUUUCCAAGAGAUGAUAUAUAGACCAGUGUUUUCUUGCUCCACUUGUGGAAAGACUUUUGUUCAUAAGACAAGCCUUUUAUUUCAUGAGCGAGUUCACUCUGGAAUUAAACGAUAUAAGUGCCAUCAUUGUGACUACAGUGCUUUUCAGUCAUCCAAUCUCAAACAGCAUAUUGUGUACAGACAUACUAGAAAAUUUACCCAUACUUGCUCACAAUGUGGAAAAGGAUUCAUUGGACAGAGACAACUACAGCUGCAUACUAUAACAAAGCACUUUGAAAAUGUGAUGUAAAAUUAUGGUACAGGGAUGCACAACCUAUGGCUUGUGAAUCAAAAGUGAUCCAUGAAGUCUUUUGACAUAGUUUCUGAACUGUCUUGUUGUUAUUGUAGGCAAUUCAGGCAGAAGGGGUGCAAUUGUCCUUAUUUUCUAGUGGCGCCAUCUAUGGCCAAGAAUUCGACUUCUGCCACACCCAUACGUCACACCUGUUUUAUAUGGCAGACCCAUUCACACAUGCAUUUAUUCAUGCACAGAUUAUAAUUUUGACCAGAACCAACAAACGAUCAGUCUCCAUUCUGAACUGUCUUAAAAAAGCUAAUGGAAAGAAAUUUUUUCCGAUAUUUUAGUAUUUAAAAUCUUUGAUCUAGUUCAGCCUCUUUAAAGUAUAGGAUACCAACCCAAUUCCAAUCACAACCAUCUCAUUAAUUUGAUAAGUAUUAGUAACAAAUUUCGUUUUCUCAAUAAUAGUAAAAAUUAACUUAUGUUUGUUUCUUGUUGCUCUUCUGUUUACUAAUAAAUUAUUUUUAGUAUAUAA